AUGACCGUAGUGGCCAACUGGGUAGCGGCCGUGAGCGUCAUAUGCUGCGUGUACUUGCUUGCUUCUUGGGCAGUGCUCCCCGUGGACAAGACAAGUAGACAUUAUCUAAGCCUCUGUUUAACUUUUGCAGUCCUGCUCAUGAAUCUUGGAUUCGUGAUCCCUCUGGCUGCUCGUCCUGACCAGUGCUACGAUCAGAUUACUCCCCACAGCAUGUCGAGCAGUAAAAUAUGCGGCACUUCUGGCAGUCUCCUCCUCUUGGGAGGCUGGAGUGGUGUCAUGUGGGUUUUCUUGCGAUCGCUCUCUCUCCAUCUCCAGAUUUGUUGGCAGGUUCUCGUGGGACGAAACUUUAUGAUCUUUUCUCAGGCUGCUGGCUGGGGCAUUCCGCUGCUCGGCAUCACGUUGGCUCUCGUCUUCAGCGGUGUUUCAUUCCGGUUUGGUCCAACGUGCCACAUCAACCACAAGAAUAGUCUCGCCGACGUGUGGAUACCGCUGCUCAUUUUUGCUGGCGCAACUCUGCUCAUUACGCUUGCGACAUUUGGCUACUGCGUUAAAGUUUAUCUGGCCUCCCUAUACGACAACUCUGCCACGACCGAAGGGUCGAGCCUUCCGGCCUACCCUAACAGCGUCAGAACAUUGUCCCCUCGCCAAGCCUAUCGCCGUGUGAGACGUGUUGUCGCUUUACAAUGGCGCGGCAUUGCAAUCGUCCUGAUCAUCAUUGCUGAUGUCAUCUUCUUUUCGGUCACCUUCGUGUUCCAAGACAACGUUGUGCAAUCGGUAAAAGAGGACCCCAGCCUGGCCAAAGACUGGGUUGCUUGCCUCAUUGGCGCCAGGGGUGACAAGAACCAAUGUCUCGAACAUGCGAGGUCCAUUGUCCUCAGUGAGGCCACCGUAACGGCUGUGUUACUCUUAUUGGGGUUGAACGGCAUCUGGCUCAUGUUCCUAUUGGGCCGCAUCUCUAUGUUUACCGGCUGGUACGACCUAUUCAUGUCGUUCCUACCCAUGAGCUGCAGACAGAAGGAGUUCGUAUCUGUGGAUGCUCGCUCCGAGACCAAGAAAGAUUUACGCAAUUCACGCUCGUACGAAACACGCUCCAAGAACUCUAGCGUUGUAGUAACACCACUCUCCCUUGGGAGAUCGCCACCAUCUGGACGACAAACACCCGACUUUUUCGGACAGCCGGCAGGACACCACGCCUCCUCUGCGACGUCAAUCUCAAGUCCUCGAGCGUCGCAGCCCGCCUCAUGGGAUCCUCAGGAAACGUUUGCGCGACCUGAGCGACCCGAUCAAGACUUGAAGCCGCUCGGCAUGAACAGAGUUUAG